UUUUCAGGCGGCGGUUGUAAACACGGAAGUGUUGGUCUCAGGAAGCAUUCUGGCUUUCUCUGCCCGUGGAGAAGGUCGCUUUAAAGGCGCAGAGUAUCGGGAUUUACCGCCGUAAUGAUGAACAGGAUGGCCGGCUGUCUGAAGGUGACUGCAGCCGUGAUGGUGUUUUUAGCUGCGGUGGUAUUUCAGGCAAACUGCGAGUCCUUUGGAAUGAAGAGAGUCAGAAACGCAAAGGUUUUGGGUUUCGGCUGGAAAAACUGCGGACAGCCCGACGCUCCGGCUGUGCUAAAGACCCUGACUGUGUCUCCAGAUCCCAUCAACAUUCCGGGAUCACUGACGGCCGCUGCGUCCGGAUCCACGUUGGUCAAGCUCGCCUCCCCUCUGUCUUUGAAUGUGACCCUGGAGAAGGAGGUGGCGGGUUUCUGGGUGAAGGUCCCCUGCCUCGAGGAUCUUGGCAGUUGUCACUAUAAUGACGCUUGCGAGAUUCUGAACCAGCUGAUCCCACCGGGACAGGACUGUCCCGAACCGCUGCACACCUACGGCCUACCCUGUCACUGCCCCUUCAAAGCGGGCUCUUACUCGCUGCCUCAGACUCAGUUCUACCUGCCCUACAUGGACCUGCCUUACUGGCUCACCAAUGGGAACUACAGGGUUCAGGGAGUCCUGGGUGGUGGAGGCAAAGAGCUGGGCUGCCUCAAGCUGUCUCUGUCCAUUCACUCCAGCUGAGGAGAUGAUUCACAGCAGCUUCAUAUUUCUGUUUAUCUGCACAGAAAAAUGACGUAAACUCCAGGCUUUAGAAAGUUGCGUCAACUUUUAAUUUUAUGUUUGAUUCGUGUUUCAGCAGCUGUCGUCUCUCCACAUCAGGGGAAAACAAACACAUAUAAGCAGAUUAGGUACUACUGAUGGUGUUUGAUUUAAACAGGAUCAAGGUUUUGCUAGAUUUUUUUUUUAAUUCUAUGCUUUUACUGUAUAUGUAAAAAGCUACAGUAACCAGAGAAGAACAUUGACAUUCUGCAUAUGAGCCUUUUAAUCUAUUUUUAAUGUUGUCUUUUGUUACAAGCUACUUUUUAUUUGAAGAUUGUCUUUAUUUUCUUUCAGUGGCACAAGUUUUCUUUAAGCUUAGAAAACUGUGAUUAUUUUUAGCAGUUAACAAAAACCAAGUUGUGCAGUUUAAUUCAUUCUGUGGAACAUUUGGCCAGUUUGCUAAAAUGUUAAGAUUUUUUUCUUUCUUCAUCAAGUUUUUAGAUUAAUGAAAAUAAUGAAAACUUAAGUGGGAUGAUGUGGACUAUUUGACUAAAUCUGUAAAAAUAGUAGUAUAACAAACUUAAACAUUGGUCAUACUGUUUCAUGCAAAAAUCCCAGUGUUUGAGGCAACAUUACAUUUCUUGUUUACUUUGCAUCAUCUCAGGAAAUCGAUGAGGUCAUGUUUUUCUUCAUCAAGACUCAAUUUAAAAAA